ACAUAAAUCAAUAAGUUCUUUGUUUUCUUUUUCAGUCUUUGUGAUAUGUUUCAGGUAUGUAAUUAUGUUGAAGCCGUAACAUUGCCGAAACAUGGACAGGUAUAAUACAUAUGCAUUUUUGUAUGAUUUAAUGGUUAUUUAUUUAAUAACUCUUGAUGAAUAUUUGUGAUUAUAUACUAAUCAAAUUUAGACAAAAAAUUAGACAUUACGAUCUUGUCUGACUUUACAAGAGUCUAUACAAUGUCUUUGGACCAUGUGUUGUUUUAGAGAGUUUAUUAUUUUUGCUCUACACCAUUUCUGGUAAUCACUGGGCAUAUUUAAAUGAGAAUUCAAAUCAAUGGAACGCAAACAAAUUGAAUGAAGGCAAAAUACCAACAUGCAAAUUUUUGAGAGCAAACUCCAAUCUGUGACAAGCAAUGUGGAUUGAAAGCUUGUGUUUGUGCAGAAGUGAUGGAGGAAGAGGGGAGAAGGAGAAGAACAUCAUGUACAGUACGUACAUGUUUUUCACAACAUGUCAUCCUCCAAAGUCCGUGAAGCCUCCCAUAGGAUGAGUAACAAAGGUGGUAACUAGAUCACAAAUCCUCAGGAGAGGAAGUAGGUCACAAAACUGGAGGUGGCUUGCAUGGAAACGGGUUCCAUAACAACUAGAAACCUAACAACAAAUCUAAGUCAAAAUCACUUGUAAUAUGUUGAUAUUAAUGCCCUCUUUGAAUUAUGUCCUCAUGUUCAACAGACAGGUGGCCAGGUCUUUUCACCAUGGCUCCAAAAGGAGGAACACUUUUCUUUCUACUCAUUGUGGCCUUGGCAGCCUUGGCUCAGCCAACACAUGGGAUGCUUGGAAAUUAUGCCGUCAAAAACAGGACCAAAAAACUGAUGAGGAACUGCCUGAAUAAGGGUUACCCGGUGCCUCAGAAGAGUGACUUGCCUGUGGCGGACGGAAACCCCAAUCCCCUCCUACCUAAAUUUGUCAAUGUCCUGCAUUCAGUCUCUUCUGACAAAGCCAUCAAAGACCCACAAGUCGAUAAAAUGACAAACAAGACAUGGAAUUACAACCAUCUUCUAACCAUGAUCAAGCUGAUGAGGAACUCCUCUGGGGCACCUGCAUGUUACAUGCGAGCAUUUGUGGCCCCUCUGUGCUGGGCGACUUUGACCAAACAGAGCGAAAGCAAUAUGACUUCAGACAACUAUGACACACUGCUGAAGUGUGCCAGACCUGCGCUGGAGGAUAUGUCUUUAACAGCAAGGAAACUUCCUGCCAAUGUAGGCAAGCGCCAAAACCUGACAAACAUGAUGAAGAUGCUGUAUGAGGUCAUGCCUAAAGACCAAAGGACUCGUGUGGUAAAAUGGUGGAAAGAACAGAUCGCCCAGAAGUACUACAACUGUACAAUGAGGCCACCAUCUGACCCAAGAUCAAGCGGGCGUAGACUUCCCGCUGAAGAGCUGAUGAAGCGCUGCAAACCUUUACUGAAAUGGCUGACCUCGGAGGCAUUGGCCACGAUGGGACCGUAUGUCUCCCAUUUAGCACCAAAUGAUGUUGAUUCUUCUCCCAAAGAACAGCUGUGUAAAUUCUUCCGCUCAGCCAUGUUCAAAUCCUCCACGAGGAUGACCACCAGGAUGAAUCCCCGUCUGGCCAAGAAGUUUCUCCAAAGAUUUCAAGAGUGCUUCAGUGGAAAGAGGGAGUUUGCUGCAAAUGUGGACAAGCUCGGCAUACUGGCCUGUCAUUGUUCCGCUGCUCCAGACCUGACCCCUGAGCUCGGCAGGAAACUCUUCGCUGAGCUUGAUAACUGCGACGACUGUGGCAACUCCAGAAUCACACAGCUGAAGAAGCGUCUUUUCAAGUUUGUGAUUCCACAUACAAACGACACUGGAGCACUACGCAAGCUGAACAGAAGUUUUGCCUUGUUGUCUCCCGAACAACUGUCUGAGAUCCCUGCCAACGACCUCAAAGAACGUGUCGAAAAUCUGGGAUCCACCGUCCAGUGGACACCGGGCCAGCUGCGCAUCCUGGUCCAGAAACUGCUUGGCGAUAAGUGUAACAAGGUGUCGGGCGAGAAGCUGAUAGCCCUUCAGUCAGUUGCCGGAGGUUUGCCAAUCUGUGUGCUCAAGGAUGUCAAGGAGAUCCCGAAGGAUAAACAGGGGCUGGAGAAGAUGACAGAGCGGAUGAGCAAGGGGCAGCUGAUGGCCAUGCUGCGGGGGCUGUUAGACAUGGUUCGCUCAGAGCUGGUGAUCGCUCAGUUGUCCGACAGUUUGCGUGGCGUCCUUCCUUUAUCCACACUGGACAAAGCAAACAUCGCCUCUUUGGACCCAGUGGAGAAUAUACCAUGGACUCGGCCACAGGCACUUCUCCUGGUAAAAAAAAAGAUGCGUAAUCGAAAGAUGUCUAAUUGGAGGCUGCGUUCAGUCCUUCAGGGAGUAACCUGUAAGAUGAUCGACGAAGUAGCAGACAGUGAUGCUCAAGGCAUGGCUCAGAACAUAACAGAGACUCCGCAGUGGCUCUCUAAAAUGCAGGCAGGAUGUGUUGCUCGAAAGCUUUUUGCGACUUUGGAGAAAGAGAGAGCUGACUAUUUCAAAACCAUCACUGAGGAGGAACUGGAACGCAUUCCCACAUUGUUACUUCUUCACCUGCUGCCUUGGAAGGUGAAGGAUUUGCCUGACUCUGUGUGUCAGGUCUUCCUCGACAAGAUGGAAGAGGCCGACCUGAGCUUAUUACCUCUUCGUUCCCCAUCUCGCCCCGCACUCACCCAGAGAGCUCUGCUUUGCCUGACCAAAGGGGGGAACUUAUCUGAACUGACCGAGGAUGUGUUCAAGCUCGGACCGCUUUUGUGUGAGCUUCGGCCUUCCCAACUGCGCCUCAUGGCCCCUGAUGUCCUCAACUCCGUCCUCGAGGAAAUGGCUUCCUGCCAGCACAUUCCUCGACGCUACAGGGCAGAGAUAAUUCAGCUGGUCAUGCAGACUUUUGGAAAUCCAUCUGAUUGGUCAGCUGAGACCAUGGAAGCAAUGGGACCUCUCAUCCUUUUGGAUGACAAUGUCGUAUCUGCUCUGCCCAAUAAGCCUUGGAUGGAAGACUCUCUCUGUUCCCCGAUGUUGUGCAUGAAUCACACCUCCAACGCCCUGAGAAAGAAAUGCUUCCAUUCCACCGCCAACACAUCAAAUGCAACACAACUCACCGUGGAGUUGAUUGAAAAAGUGGGAAAGGACAACGUAUACUGGACAGUGGACCAGCUGGCUGGGAUGUCAAACAAAACCUUCCUCGCUACUUUAGAAACACUCGGGGCCAUCACUGACUACAGCGCAGACCAACUGGCCGUGCUCAGUAAAAAAGCAGUUGAGAACUUGGGCCCAGUGUCAGAGAUGAAUGAGAGUGUGGUGAUGCAGAUGGGCUGUAUAACUCGGGGCUUCUCCAACGCAGACCUAGAGAAACUCCCCUUCUCACUUGAGUCUUUGGAGAAAAUUGCUAACUGUGGCUGGAAUGAGUCACAGAUGGAGCUGGUGUGGAAGGCCGUCGCUGAAUAUAACAACCUGACAGCGCAGCAGCUGGGAGCUGCAGAGAUGGUAGCACUGAGCCAGUUCAUCUGUGGCCUAAACUCCAGCGAGAUCGAACAGCUCAACUUGGAUGCCUUCAAGAAUGCUGUGGGCUCAAUGAAUGGUGUUCAGUGCCCCUCCAAGCUGAAACCUCUUGCUGUGUCUGCAUUUGGAAAUCCCAAGAACUGGACUGAAGCACAAGUGUCUGAGCUGGGCUGCAUCAUUGCUGGGUUGGAUUCAACUGAGUUGGCUUCUUUAGACCCAUCUGUCUUCUCAUCUUUUAACAAGUCCUGCAUCCCGCACAUACAAAACAUUGCUGCACUCUCUGUUGAUCAGCUGUUGGCUCUUGGACCAGACAACGCUGAAAUGGUAACCAGUGAACAGAAAGCUGACAUGACAGACGAGCAGCAGGCCGCUCUUGAAACGGCCGCGACCGGGUCAAAUGAUGCAAGGGCUGCGAGCGGGCCAGAUGUUGAAAUACCACCUGAUCAGUCAGGAGCUCCGUCGCUGAGUGUCGAAGGAGUCACAGCCUUCAUGAAGCCCCUCCUGUUUCUCCUCAUGGGGUUCCUGCUGCUGUGAGAACAGACACCACAUCCAACUGCAAAACCAGCAGGAGCUUUAAGAUCAUCAUUAUAUUACACUCAUGACAUGUAAUUCUUCAAGUUUAUAUUAUUUGUGACGUAUUUCUCAUAGAUAGUCUGAAUCUGAGCUAAUGUGUGUGUGAGUGUAGGAUGUUCUAAACAUUAACAACAUAAUCAAAUUACCUGUUAAGCUGUGUAAGGAAUCCUUAUUAUUGCUUUUAAAUAUUCUCUCUCUAUAUAUUUAUAAGAAAGCAUAUUUUAAUAGAAUGAAGAGGAAUAUUUAAUGUUCGUCACUCUGAUGUCUUCUAAGUGGGAUGGCUUUAUUUGAUACUGUAUUGGCAACAACUGGAAAAUGACAAGUGAUAAAACUCAUUAAAUAAUAUUAAUAUACGUA